GGACAGGAUGGACCAGAGGGUCAUUCGUGGGCUUCCGAGAGAGAUGUCAGUCAAUGACAUCAAAGAGGAUCUGGUGAGCCAAGGCAUCGCAGACGCCGUGGUUCAGCAGCUGACCUCAAGGACCACAAAAAAGCCACUUCCGCUCUUCCUCGUCAAGACGAAGCUUCGAGAGGAAGAAAAAGUCUUCCGAGCCCAGCCAGUGCUACCGCUGCCAGCGGUACGGGCACACACAGCGGAACUGCCGUCUCGCUGA